GUAAGUGGAACAACUUGACUAGUUUCUUUUUUGCACGUGGUGCCCCUUCCCUUUGACUGUUUCUCGUCCGUCUAAUUGAAGCGCCAUUUGCGCGCGUCUCUUCUUGUUCUUGUGUGUGUAAAUAAAGAAAACACCCUUUCAAUAAACAGCUAGUAGGGGUUACAGUGCCCCAACAAGCGGGAGAGAAGGAGGAGACUUGUUUUGCGUGUGCGUGUGUGAUUUGCCGUGUCAACUAGCUGCCCACUGGAUUACACCGAAACCGGGUGACUUCAGAGGUGUAGUUGGUUGGGUAUUUUGUUUUGUUGUUCUUCUGCAGAGUCGCGUCCAGGCCGCUCUUCUUUCGGACAUUAUUCACUUUCCCCUUCUCUCAUUGCAGGGACACUCGCCACCUUUGCGCCAGCGAUCACACACAGACACACACAAGCCGAAGAAGUGAACCGCGUCGUACCAACCUAGUGUCGAUUUCCACGUUUGUCUCUCCCCCGGGUUUUCCUUUAUCUUUGCGUGUGUGCUAGCCAUACGGACAUUUCCUGUACAAGCUAGAUCCCUUUCCUUUAAAGUAGAAAAAAACAGAAAAGAAGACACGAUAGGCAUGCCGGCUCAGUCUAGCUCGGCGUACCCGUACCCUUCGCAGCGCGUCAUUGUGCUGCGACACGGAGAGCGCCGAGACAACCGCCACGAUGCACCGCCGGAGUCGGACCCUCCGCUCACCGCAGAGGGCGUGGCGGAAAUUAAGAACACGGCCGCCCGCCUCAGGCAUUACCUGGGGAAGGAGCGGGCACGUGCGGCGGUGCUCGUUGUCUCGCCCUUCCUCCGCACCGUGCAGACGGCGGAGUCGCUGCAGCACCACGGCGUCGGCGCCGAUCACGCGAUGGUGGUGGACAACACGCUGUGUGAGGUGUUUGGCCCCAGUCGGAUUAAGACGAGUCGGGCGCCGCAGCUGCAGGGCCUACAGACGUCGCGUGCGGUGGGCGGGCUGCCGAUGUGGGGCGAGUCGCUCGAGACGGCGACGGAGCGUUAUGUGGCCAAUUUUCUGCGUAACGGUGACGAAUACGGCGGGCCGCUCGCAGGCGGCGCAGACCCGAACCCGUUUUCCAGCGCGCGGACGGAGUCGCAGACGUCGUCGAGUCUUGUCUGUCCGCCUGCCGUGACACGCCGCUUCAACGGCGGCGGUGGUCAAGCCGAUAGGCGUUGGCACACGGUGACCACGCCUGCCUCUCCAGAUCCGGCGGUGCUGAGUAGUCUCGAGGAUUGCACGCCACCUGAUACAAUUCUCGUCACGCACGGCGACGCCAUCAGCGCGGUGCUCUCUCACUUCUACCCCGCGCGCGUCGUGUAUGAGGCGGACUUUCUGUCGUUUAUCAUUAUGCGCCGCUACGGCGUCGGCAAUCACGUCUACCACCUUGAUGAGUCGGUUGGUGUGAGCUGGUUUGUAGACGGCAUCGACGGUGAACCGCCAGAUCCCAUCUUGCACGCACUGGAGAUGGAGCGGGAGGCGGCGGCGGCAGCAGCCAACAAGAAAACGAGUACCAGCAACAGUUCAGCAAACGGAGCGGACGAUGGUGGUGUUGAUGAGGACGACCUUGAGAACGACGACGACGAAGGCGAGGCCCUUGACGAAGACGAUGACGAAGGGGAGGCGCCAGCACAGCCAGCCAGCUUCGCAGGGAGCCGCAUGCGGUCGUGGGCAUCGCGACUGCCCGCGCGACGCUUCCAACCUCGCGUGAGGCCGAACGCAAUCGUGGAGGCGACGACUGUUCAAGCAGCAGCACUGCCCCCAACGCAGGUCCACGUGCCUGUUCUGACACACCCGCAUUUGUAUGCUGGCCGCAGUCGACUCAACGCAACCUCCAGCAGCGGCAGCAACGACGGCGUCGACGCACACACGCCUUCUCGGCAUUACCCAAAAGCUGGCGAGGACUGUGAAAGGAUCCGUUUGCCCAGCGGAACACCCGCGCAGUCUUCGAGCAUCCCAGUCGUGACAGCGAUGAAUGAUGACACAAAUCACCGUCGCGGGCAGAGUGGCAGAAGCAGCAGCUUCCCAGCUGGCAUCCCAAGUAGUGGUGGAGCGAAGGAAAGGGACAGCGACAACCAAGGGGGAGGGGGGAAGGAUGAGAAAAGCCUUCAGCGUGAUACCCGCCCUGCGCAGCCGCCAAACAUCGCCGCUCCGUACGCGACAGAGAGCGACGACCACCUAAAAUGGGACGACGGAACGAAGGCGGAUGUCUUUCUGGGCAGCGUGAGCAGCUGCUGUGGCCUCACCGCCGACCCAAGCACAAAUUCAAGGGUGAAGUCGCAGGCCGACUCGGCCCGGCACUUAUCAUCCCCGGCCACGCGGGAGAAGGCGGCGAUUGCUGCACUCGCGUCACCGGAGACGCGUGAGGAUAGCCCGGCACCACGGGCCGCCAACCCUAUCGCCUCUGCGGCAUCGUCCUCACCGACGACGGUCAUCAACACUCCCACCACUACCACCACCACUACAGGUGCUGCAUCGGGGAAGCGCGCAGCGCCACGCUGCAGCGGCGUGGCCGCCCCGCCAUCGAUGCCGCCUGGUAAGAGGUGCAUGGCGCACAGCAUCUAUGGCGCUACUCCAACUCCGCUCUUCGGCACGACUAGCUUCGCGGACAGCAUCACGUCCAUGCACCCUUGCAUCUCCGCUACCUCUGCCAUGUCCGCUACCUCAGAGGGGGAGCACGGCAACGGUCACGUGGCGGCAGUGAGCCUCGCCAGUCCCAUUCACCGACGCAACGCGUUAGGCGACGCAGCCCGCAUUUCACUCUUCAUGCGUGCCCUGUGUCUGCCGCUCGUUGUCAUCGUUCCCAUCGCCCUGCACGGGCAGCUGUCGCUGGUGUGGUUCUGCGUGCUGGCAACGGUGUGGGAAGUUGUGUUUGCUGCGGUGCUGGACCUCUCGUGCCGCACGAACAACUUGUACUACCUCCGUAUUCGCCGAGCUGUGGAGCAGCUUCGACCUAGUCCGGUGACGGAUGUGUCGUUAGUGGCACAGGCGUUGAACACACGCGGAUCAGCCGAUCGCACGGCGGCGGCGGCGGACACGGCAGCACCAGCGAGUGCGGCUCACGAGGACGAGACGGACGAAAUUACUAUUUACCACUUCCCAGACUCCGUCCCCAAUGAUGGGCGAUAUGCGAGUUCGACGAUGCGGCCGGCGAGUCAUCCCAAUGUGGGCGACGAUGGUGCAUCUCAACGUGCUUCGCCGCGGAACAGCAGAAGUACCUUCGACGUGGCUGUGUUGUGUGCCCGCCACGUGGUCGCGACGGCGGCUAAGUUGCUCGCACUUUAUCUGCUGGGCUUCGUCGGUGGCGUCGUGAGUGGCGGCGGUCAUCUUGCGCAGGCCUGGACCGGAGUGGGACUGCUCUUCAGCACGCCGACAGGUCUUAUCCUCACAAUGACUUACGGCUGCGUGAACGUCGUUCGUGGUGUAUGGGAUGAGACGCGGAUAAACGCUCUACUGGAUCACCGAUGA